AUGCAGUCCAAAUUCGGCAGCUUUGUCAACAAGGCCCAGAACGCUCUCAGGGAAGGACAGACACUGGCGACAGAGGGAAGCUCGCAGUUUGUCCAGUCGUUCACUCUUCCCGGAGAGUCUGAAAAGGCUGCCAAGAUCCUGCGAGGAUUCCUGGGCAGAGAUUUAGCCGACCCCUCACACCCCGCCACCGCCCUCAACUCUAUCCCCAAAGCAGUCCUCCAAAGAGCCAAAGGCCUCGCCGUCUUUACAAUCAUCAAGGCCGGUUUCGUCUUUUCCGGCAAGGCUGGCUCGGGUAUCGUAGUCGCCAAGCUUCCAGAUGGAAGCUGGAGUGCGCCUAGCUGUAUCGCUACGGCGGGUGUUGGAUGGGGCUUGCAGAUUGGCGCUGAUAUGACGGAAGUGGUCAUGGUGCUCAACUCGGACGAGGCGGUCAAGGCGUUUGCUCGUGGGGGCAAUGUGACUGUUGGAGGUGGUAUCUCGGCGGCUGCUGGACCGUUGGGUACUGGUGGCCAAGUUGCCUCUUCACUGGCCAACCCCGCCCCCGUCUUUAGCUACAGCCGAUCCAAGGGGCUUUUCGCUGGUCUGACCCUUGACGGUACCAUCCUUGUGGAGAGAAAAGAUGCCAACAAGAAAUUCUACGGAAGUAGCAUCUCUGCUACAGACAUCCUCGCUGGCCGAGUGCCAGCUCCAGAGAUCGCCUCUACCAUGUACGACAUCAUCGAGGCCGCCGAGGGCAUCGACGAAACUGGUCUCCCAGAGGGCGGCUACGUGCCCACUGCUACAGGUGAACACGCCCCCGUCCCGAGCCCUACCACGGGGUACACCACGGGUCCCGGCACUGCGGCGGAUGCUGCUUCCACGACGUCUUCGGCCACCGGCAACAAGACGGUGUUUGAUGCGUCUUCCACUCAUCAGUAG